CUAGGGGGCGGGCCUACUCCGCCUCUGAUUGGCCACACGUGACAUCUUCUGCCCUUACUUCCGUCCCUUCCCUAUUUCCGGGUUCUCGAGCAUUCCUAUUGGCCAAAUUACUGGUUUUACACGUGACAUAUUCGGCUUUUAAAACCCCUAUUUGUCCACUACAGACUUUCCUCGCCGCACAACCCGGAAGAGCUGGCCCAGCCGCUUCUCUAUUGGCAGUUCCUCCAUUCAGGUGUGUCUUCUGCACACGCCCUCAAAGCCGAUGCUGAGAACUUGCUUUCUGAUUGGUAGCCGGGAGAGUUCAUGUGACUUGGCCGCUAUUGCCCGCCCAACUCACUUCCCUAUUGGUCGAGAUCACAGCCCUUCAGCUGCUACGGUGAGGACGCAGCACUCCGGCUAGGAAGCAGAUCCUGCAGGCUCGGAGCGUCAGCUGCCGGCUCGGCGCCAUGGCGUCCCAGGGUCGGCGGCGGAGGCACCCGCGGAGGCUGGAGACGGUGGUGCCGGGGGAAGCGACCGAGACGGAUUCGGAGCCCUCUGCGUCCUCGUCUGAGGAGGAGGAGCUGUACCUGGGUCCUUCGGGCCCGACGCGCGGCCGCCCCACGGGGCUGCGGGUGGCUGGGGAAGCCGCGGAGACCGACUCGGACCCGGACCCGGAGCCGGAGCCGGAGCCGACGGCUGCGCCCAGGGACCUGCCUCCGCUCGUGGUGCAGCGGGAAUCGGCGGAGGAGACCUGGGGCGCGGAGGAGGCCCCGGCGCCCGCCCCCGCGCGCUCACUUCUGCAACUUCGGCUGGCGGAGAGCCAGGCUCGGCUGGACCACGACGUGGCGGCCGCCGUGAGCGGUGUGUACCGCCGUGCGGGCCGCGACGUGGCCGCCCUGGCUAGUAGGCUGGCGGCAGCCCAGGCGGCGGGGCUGGCGGCGGCCCACAGCGUGCGCCUGGCGCGCGGGGACCUCUGCGCGCUGGCUGAGCGCCUGGACAUCGUGGCUGGCUGCCGCCUGCUGCCGGACAUCCGCGGCGUGCCGGGUACCGAGCCUGAGCAGGACCCGGGGCCGCGGGCCUAGCCAUGAUUCUACUUCCCAACCUGACUACCUGACCCUGCAAUUUGGGGGUAGGCCUUGCUGCCUCUGGAACUUGACUCUGUCCCUUGUGUCUCUUUUAAUUAUUUUUACUUUUUUAUUUUAAAGACGGGGUUUCACCAUGUU